CAUAGCCGCUGCGGGUGUCAAAUUCCAUACAUUUUCCGAAAACGCACGCACGCCCGCAGUAGCGAUUACCGCUGUCCUACUGUCUUCAACGAACGCACCGUGUAUCAGCUUGCCGGUCAGCAAAACUUCAAUCCGAAAAGUUUACGUAUGCAUAACGUCGAAAGUUCCCACGGUUUGGCAUAACUGGAAAUCCGGUCCUCACCUGAAGCAUCACAUAGAUAGCAAUUGUUACGCAAGGUCAAAUUCGAUUUGUUUACCGCGCCAAUCGCAAAGUUCUAACUCAGCGCUACCCCCAGGCCUAUGACGCGAACCCGUACCGCACCAACAACAUUUCUUCAUCGCAAUGAGGACGAUGUUGAUAUCGAAAGGUGUUGAUCUGAAUUGAUGUCGACAUAUGAUGCGUGAAGUUGGGUCAAUUUCAAGGGAUAAUUACUGCUGCAGAUGUUCAAUCUUCUGAUAGUUCAGAUUCUGAAGAUGAAUACGGGGCUGUAACAACGGAUUCUAAUGAGUUUGACACUAUGGACUUUGAAGAAGGAAUGCAAUUUUGGGCUUUAUACACCAACCAAACACAUCAAUCCAUAAACAUGAUGUUAAAGUUAUUAAAAUCAAAUAUCGACUCAGUAAACCUUCCAGAAAAUGCUAGAACGCUGCUUCGUACAAAGAGGACUCCGGCGGAAAUAACAAAGAUUGAUGGAGGUCAAUUUUGGUAUAAUGGAAUCCAAAAAUGUCUUUCAUCCUUCUUUUGUAAACAGGGACCACCAUUCGAAACACUGUCGCUCAAUUUAUUUGUGGAUGGUUUACCUCUUUACAAAAGUAGCAGUCUCCAGUUUUGGCCGAUUCUCUUCAAUAUACAUGAUAUGCCCAAUGUUCGUCCAAUGAUUGCUGGGAUUUUUUGCGGCAAUACCAAGCCGGGAAAUGCGGAUGAAUAUUUGAAGAAAUUGGUUGAAGAAUUAAAGAUAAUAUUGGUGAAAGGAACAACCAUCAAUGGUGUAACCAUUGCAAUCAAACUUCGAGCAGUUAUAGCUGAUUCUCCAGCUAGAUGUUUUCUAAAAGGAGUGACAAAUUUCAAUGGAUAUAAUAGUUGCUUGAAAUGCACAUGCCACGGAGAAUACAACCAUGAUUCACAUACUGUUAUUUUUAAAGGGGUGAAUCAUAAAAUGCGCACAGAUAAGAAUUUCCGAGCUAAAGCAUAUAGACAACAUCAGAAGAAAUGUAGCCCAUUGCUUGAAAUUCCAUUUUUGAAUAUGAUUCGAGACAUAAUUGUAUCAGAUAGGUUACACCUGAUAGAUUUGGGAGUGCAGCGAAGAUUGUUUCUAGGUUGGAGAGAUGGUACACUAGGAUUGCAUGCAAAAUUAUCAGCUUCUGCCAUCAGUGAAAUUUCGGAAUUGUUGCAACGCAUCAAACUUCCAUCAGAAAUACACAGACCAUUUAGAGGUCUGAACGUACUAAAAUAUUGGAAAGCAACAGAAUUUAGUUCAUUCUUGCAUUAUGCCGGAAUAGUAGUGCUUAAAGAUGUUUUACCGGAUUAUGUAUAUAACCACUUCUUGCUACUGUUUUGCUCUAUUACAAUGCUAUCAACAAACGUGUAUAAAAAUAAUUGGCAUGUUGCAAACGAAAUGUUAAAAGAAUUCGUUGUCCAGUACAGUAAUGUUUAUGGAGACAAAUUUCUCACAAGUACAGGGUUUUCCAGGAGUUCUCAUAGCUGUGGGACACUUUAUUGACUGCUUCUUACGUGAAAU